GCGCUGCCUGCUGAUCGGGCCAGGGGCGCGGGUGGACCGGGCUGCUGUCCAUGCCUCGGCGCGGCCGUCCCCUCCCGCUGCAGCCGGGCGGCCCCGAGGCUGGGUGGCGUUCAGGGCCGUGGGCCGGUCCGGGUGCCCCGUCGGGGGCAGUGUCCCGGCGGCCACGCUGAGGCCACCAUGUGACCCGGCGCCGCUUAGUCCUGCGACCGACCGAGCGGCGGCGCCCUGGUGCCCCCCGUCCAUGCUCCCGGGCCCGGCCCCGCGCAGCCAAGCAUGAGGCCUCGGCCCGACGGUAGGGCGCUCCGAGCCGGGGCCGCGCUGUCGCCCGCACUGCUACUGCUGCUGCUGCUGCCGCCGCCACCGCCUCUGCUGGGGCGCCUGUGGGCGGCGGGCACACCCGCGCCGUCGGCGGCGUCCGGGGCUCGGCAGGACGGCGCGCAGGGCGCGGGCCGCGUGAAGCGCGGCUGGGUGUGGAACCAGUUCUUCGUGGUGGAGGAGUACACCGGCACGGAGCCCCUGUACGUGGGCAAGAUCCAUUCGGACUCCGAUGAGGGUGACGGUGCCAUCAAGUACACCAUCUCGGGCGAGGGUGCGGGGACCAUCUUCCUGAUCGACGAGCUGACAGGCGACAUCCACGCCACGGAGCGCCUGGACCGGGAGCAGAAGACCUUCUACACGCUGCGGGCCCAGGCUCGGGAUCGGGCCACCAACCGCCUGCUGGAGCCCGAGUCGGAGUUCAUCAUCAAGGUGCAGGACAUCAACGACAGCGAGCCCCGCUUCCUGCACGGGCCCUACAUCGGCAGCGUGGCGGAGCUCUCGCCCACAGGCACGUCCGUGAUGCAGGUGAUGGCCUCGGAUGCGGAUGACCCCACCUACGGCAGCAGUGCCCGGCUGGUGUACAGCGUGCUGGAUGGCGAGCCCCACUUCACCGUGGACCCUAAGACCGGCGUGAUCCGGACUGCUGUGCCCGACCUUGACCGCGAGAGCCAGGAGCGCUACGAGGUGGUCAUCCAGGCCACAGACAUGGCCGGGCAGCUGGGCGGCCUCUCAGGCUCCACCACCGUCACCAUCGUGGUCACCGACGUCAACGACAACCCGCCCCGCUUCCCGCAGAAGCUGUACCACUUCAGCAUUCAGGAGUCGGCCCCCGUGGGCACCGCCGUGGGCCGGGUGAAGGCCGAGGACUCAGACGUGGGCGAGAACACCGACAUGACUUACCACCUCAAGGCGGAGAGCGGCAGCGAAGGCAGUGUGUUCAAGGUCACCACGGACAGCGACACGCAGGAGGCCAUCAUAGUAGUGCAGAAGCGCCUGGACUUCGAGUCGCAGCCCGUGCACACCGUGGUCCUGGAGGCCCUCAACAAGUUCGUGGACCCCCGCUUCGCCGACCUGGGCACCUUCCGCGACCAGGCGAUCGUGCGCGUGGCGGUGACCGACGUGGACGAGCCCCCAGAGUUCCAGCCGCCCUCCGGCCUCCUGGAGGUGCAGGAGGACGCGCAGGUGGGCUCCCUGGUCGGCGUGGUGACGGCGCGGGACCCCGACGCCGCCAACCGGCCCGUCCGGUACGCCAUUGACCGCGACUCGGACUUGGACCAGAUCUUCGAUAUUGAUGCAGACACGGGCGCCAUCGUGACGGGCAAGGGACUGGACCGUGAGACGGCAGGCUGGCACAACAUCACAGUGCUGGCCAUGGAAGCUGACAAUCACGCUCAGCUCUCCAGGGCGUCCCUGAGGAUCCGAAUCCUGGAUGUGAAUGACAAUCCCCCCGAGCUGGCCACUCCCUACGAGGCAGCCGUGUGUGAGGAUGCCAAGCCAGGCCAGCUCAUCCAGACCAUCAGUGUAGUGGACAGAGAUGAGCCGCAGGGCGGGCACCGCUUCUACUUCCGCCUGGUCCCUGAGGCUCCCAGCAACCCCCACUUCUCUCUGCUGGAUAUCCAAGACAACACUGCCGCGGUGCACACACAGCAGGUGGGCUUCAACCGGCAGGAGCAGGACGUGUUCUUCCUGCCCAUCCUCGUGGUGGACAGCGGGCCACCCACGCUGAGCAGCACGGGCACGCUCACCAUCCGCAUCUGCGGCUGCGACAGCUCCGGUGCCAUCCAGUCCUGCAACACCACGGCCUUUGUCAUGGCUGCCUCCCUCAGCCCCGGCGCCCUCAUCGCUCUCUUGGUCUGUGUCCUCAUCCUGGUCGUGCUGGUGCUGCUGAUCCUCACCCUCAGGCGCCACCACAAGAGCCACCUGAGCCCCGACGAAGACGAGGACAUGCGGGACAACGUCAUCAAAUACAACGACGAGGGCGGCGGUGAGCAGGACACGGAGGCCUACGACAUGUCGGCGCUGCGCAGCCUCUACGACUUCGGCGAGCUCAAGGGCGGCGACGCGGGCGGCGGCGGCGGCGGUGGCGGUGGCGGUGGCGGCGGCGGGGACGCGGGCAGCCCCCCGCAGGCCCGGCUGCCCUCCGAGCGCCACUCGCUCCCGCAGGGGCCGCCGAGCCCCGAGCCGGACUUCUCGGUGUUCAGGGACUUCAUCAGCCGCAAGGUGGCGCUGGCGGACGGGGACCUGUCGGUGCCGCCCUACGACGCCUUCCAGACCUACGCCUUCGAGGGCGCGGACUCGCCGGCCGCCUCGCUCAGCUCGCUGCACAGCGGCUCGUCGGGCUCCGAGCAGGACUUCGCCUAUCUCAGCAGCUGGGGGCCGCGCUUCCGGCCCCUGGCCGCGCUCUACGCCGGCCACCGCGCGGACGACGAGGCCCCAGCCUCCUAGCCCCCGGCCGCCGCCGCGUCUCCCCGCGCUGCCCCUUCCCCGUCCCUCCCCUCCUCCCAGGCGGCCGGAUCGGAGCGCGGACUGGCUGGGCCGCUCUCUCCCCGCCUCCAGCGGUGCAGCUCUGGACUCCAGAGGUGCGGAAAUAGGACCAACGUCAUUAAAAGGGAAGGAGAGCCGGCACUGCGUGGCUCUGGGGUCAGAAAAGGAGACGCAGGAGGCGGGGGUGCGUGGGGAACGGAACGGGCAGGUAGCUCAGCCGUGGCUUGAAGGGCAUGCUAGAGCAGGACGAUGCUGAGACGCCCCCUCCCAGGUUUCCUCCAUCAAAGCGAAGAGGAAAGAAGGGCUGUUCAUUUACUAAGCACCUACUGUGUGCUGGGACGCUGUGCGCAGACCAUCUUAGUCGUCACAGAAACCGUGAGGUGGGAUCCUGCAGGUGCCAGAUGGGGAAGGCCUCCCAGAGAAGUGGUUGUGACCCGUCCAAGGACACCUAGCCAGUGAAUGGUGGAGCCUCUGGCACUAACCGGCUGCCUGGCCUUGGGUAUGUCGCCUCAUUUCUCUGGGCCUCAGUUUCCUCAUCUGUCAAAUGAGGUUAAUAACAGAACCUACCUCGAAGAAUCGUGAGGAUAAGAAGGGUUCAGAUGUGUCAAGUGGUUAGGGCAGUGCCUGGCACAUAGUCGGUGUUCAAUAAAUG